AUGAGAAGGAAGGAGGGAGACAGCGUUCAGAUAGCUCGUUCCUAUCCUUUAAGCAAAUGCUUACAGAUUGUGGGAUGGAAGAGAGCAGGACGUGUAACUGUUCGAUGUCGUCUAGACAGAGCAGUAGGCAAUGCUGAUUGGCAUGAGAAGUUCCCACACUCUAAUGUCAAGUACUUGAGAUUAUGGGGAUCGGAUCAUCGUUCGAUUCUUGCAGAUAUACUGACAAAGCCAACGAGAAGAUCAAUGAAAUUCAAAUUUGAUAGGAGAUGGCUAGACAAUGAGGAACUGAGGCAAGUCAUUCUUGAGGGAUGGAAAUCUCCUGAUUUACCCCCCAAUGCGAAUAUAAUGGAACAUAUCUCUAGUUGUCGAAAAGCUUUGAGUGAGUGGAGGAAACAACACAACAUCAAUUCGGCAAAGCUAGUGGAGGAGUUAAAGGAUAAAGUUGAGGGUUUAUAUGCAGACGACAAUGCGACGACGGAGGAAAUUACAGCAGCGUUGAAGGAACUAUCUGAUGCUCUUAAGCAAAGGAGAGCAAGGAACAAAAUCACGCAGCUUCUGGAUGUUAAUGGUAAUAUAGUUGAGGAUGAGGAAGGACUGGUAGCCAUUGCUACUAGUUAUUUUCGACAAAUCUUUGAGUCAUCUACACCAGAAGACAUUGAAGAGGCGCUAUCUGAAGUUCCUACGACGAUUACAGGAACAAUGAAUGACAGCCUCACAGCUCCUGUUUCAGAAUGGGAGGUUAAAUUAGCUCUCUUUGCUAUGCAUCCAGAUAAGGCACCGGGACCAGAUGGGAUGACUGCGCUUUUUUACCAACAGUUUUGGGAUAUAGUCAAGCAGGAUUUAACUCUUAUGGUGAAUAAAUUCAUCUACAAGAUCGUCUCGAAGGUCUUAUGCCAGAGACUAAAGAAAGUCUCGCCAGGUUUGAUAUCAGAAACCCAGUCAGCCUUUGUUGCUGGAAGACAGAUUUCAGAUAAUAUCAUGAUUGCUCAAGAGAUGUUUCAUGCCCUACGAACAAAGCCGAGUGGACGUAAUAAGAGGAUGGCUAUCAAGAUAGAUAUGAGUAAGGAUAAUCUGAUGCACAGAGUCAAUGGAUGGACUGGUCGAUGGCUCUCAAAAGGAGGAAAGGAAGUAAUGAUCAAAUCCAUUUUACUAGCUCUUCCGACAUACGUUAUGUCGACGUUUCUGCUCCCAUUGGAGAUCUGUGAAAACCUCGCUAGUGCCAUUGCACAAUUUUGGUGGAGCUCGAAUCCUCCAAAAAGAGGGAUACAUUGGGCGAAAUGGGACAAGAGACUGGUCCAAUACCCUGAUUCUUUGGCUGCCCGAGUAUUAAGGGGGCGAUAUUAUAGGAUGACCUCGCCAUUGAGGGUAACCUCUACUAGCAGCCCAUCAUAUGUGUGGACAAGCAUCUCCGCAGCAAGGAAGCUUUUACUGCUAGGAAUCAGACAGAAGAUUCACUCUGGUUACGACGUCAGGGUGUGGGAGGAUCCGUGGAUUCCAACGACACCUGCUAGACCGGCUAGACCUAUAGCCCUUGUGAUGAACCUAAACAUGAGAGUCAGUGACAUCAUUAAUCAGGAAUCAAAGGAGUGGGAUGUAGGAUUACUAGAUGAUUAUGUCCAUCCUGAUGAUAUACCUCUCAUCCGCAGUAUGGCUAUAAGCUCUACUCACCGUCGAGAUACUUUUUGUUGGAACUACACGAGAAAUGGCCAAUACACAGUCAAGUCUGGAUACUGGGUUGCUCAGAACCUAUUUAAGCAAAAAGAGGAAAAGGAAAUAUUAGAGCCAAGUAUCACUAAACUUCAAGCAUUUGCUUGGAAGUUGAAAGCGCCAAGGAAGAUGUGCCAUCUUAUAUGGCAAUUGAUCAGGGGUCAGGUAGCAGUAACGAGGAAUCUAGUAAGGCGUAAUAUGAGGUGCGAUAAUUAUUGCCCAAAGUGUGGGGAAAUAGAGGAAUCUGUAACUCAUGCAAUAUUUGAAUGCCCUCCAGCCUUGCAAGUAUGGUCUUUAUCGGUAACUCCUACAAGUCCAGGUAUAUUCCCAGUGGCGAGCGUCUACACAAACAUGGACUAUCUUUUUUGGAGGAAAAAUAAUAUCAUUGUACCAGACCAAGACAGAGAUCCUUAUCCCUGGAUAAUAUGGUAUAUUUGGAAGGCUCGCAAUGAUAAGCUUUUCAGGGGUAUAGAUAGAGACCCUUUGGAACUCGUUCGAAACGCAGAGAGUGAAUGCCAAGCCUGGUUUAACGCAAAUGAGAUGAUACCGCCACAAGUCCGGGACAGCAAAUAA